AUGUUUGUGCAAAAGCUCUGGGCGGAGUAUCUACCCUGGGACAUAGAACUCGCAGAAGAUCUCAGUAGUUGGUGGAAGCAAUACCGUAGCGCUCUCCAGCGGCUCCUGGAUAUCGAAAUUCCACGCAGGGUGAUAAGAAAUACUCACCAUCAAUACACCCUCCACUGCUUCUGUGAUGCUUCAAAGGGCGGUUACGGAUGCAGCAUCUACGUCGUUUCGCCGGACUUGUCUGGAACGCUUCAGUCUCGCCUACUUACGUCGAAAUCUCGCGUCGCCUCCCUGAAGGGUCAUUCCAUCCCUCGCUAUGAGCUCUGUGCUGCACUGUUGGGAAGUCAGUUAGUAGAAAACCUUCGUAAAACUACCGUUUACACGCAGCCAGCAAUAUUCUGGUCGGAUUCGACCAUUGUGCUUUAUUGGAUUAAGUCCCCGUCACAUAAAUGGAAGGUAUUUGUGUCAAAUCGCAUAGCCGAAAUUCAGCGCCUCACGAAAGAUUGUCAAUGGAGGCAUAUACCAACGGAGUUGAAUCCUGCCGACAAGGUUUCCCGAGGCGUUCUUGCGAGCGAGAUUGUCGGAGACGAACUAUGGUUUCAUGGUCCGGGAUUUCUAACCUCCCCUGUAGAGCAAUGGCCCGAUUCGAAGGUUCUCAUUCGUCUAGUACAAAGAAGUACCUUCCACCUGGAAAUGCAGAUUUACGAUCUCAAACGUACAUCUUCCUCAACUAAGACGGUCAGUUCGAGGUCCCCGCUAAAGAAUCUGAACUUGUUCAUGGACGAAUUCGGCCUACUCAGAUUGAACAGUCUGUCUUACAAAUCGAAAUGCUCCCUUCGACACCAGAUGUCCAAUACCACUACCAGCCAAACAUCGACAUUCCUGGUUGAUUGCAAGAUCGAUUCACCUUCAAACAUUCCACGGUGGGCCUGGUCCGGUUCUUGCUACGCUGCGUCUGCGCUUUUGGCCGCUCCAGGGUCGAGUUCUAGUCCGAAGCAUCGUUCGUCAGUGCAUAACUUGCUUCCGCUGCAAUCCAACGCGUAG